UCGCACUUCCGCCUCUGCCUCCGGUGGCAGCCGCCGCUCGCAGCCGCCGCUCCGGGCCCGGGCCCGGUUCCCGCCUCGGUUCUUGCCCCGCUCCCGGGCCCCGCCGCCGCGAUGGCUCAGUACAAGGGCGCCGCCAGCGAGGCGGGCCGGGCGCUGCAGCUGAUGAAGAAGCGGGAGCGGCAGCGGGAGCACAUGGAGCAGCUGCGGCAGCGCAUCGCCGAGGAGAACAUCAUGAAGUCCAACAUCGACAAGAAGUUCUCAGCUCACUACGACGCCGUCGAGGCCGAGCUCAAAUCCAGCACCGUGGGGCUGGUCACACUCAAUGACAUGAAGGCCAAGCAGGAGGCGCUGGUCAAGGAGCGGGAGAAGCAACUGGCCAAGAGGGAGCAGAGCCGGGAGCUGCAGAUGAAGCUGGAGCGCCAACGGGAGCGGGAGCGGAAGCAAGAGGCCAAGCGCAAGAUCUGCAGCCUCAGCUUCAGCCUGGAGGAGGCCGAAGAGGAGGAGGAGGAGGAAGGGGGGGGGGGUGAUGAAGAGGACCCUGAGCGUGAGGCCCCUGAGGAGCCCCCCAAGAAGAGGAAACUGGGGAAGAACCCGGAUGUGGACACGAGCUUCCUGCCGGAUCGGGACCGGGAGGAGGAGGAGAACCGGCUGCGGGAGGAGCUGCGCCAGGAGUGGGAGGCCAAGCAGGAGAAGAUCAAAAACGAGGAGAUCGAGAUCACCUUCAGCUACUGGGACGGUUCCGGGCACCGGCGCACGGUGAAGAUGAAGAAGGGCAACACGAUGCAGCAGUUCCUGCAGAAGGCGCUGGAGAUCCUGCGCAAGGACUUCAGUGAGCUACGCUCGGCCGGGGUGGAGCAGCUGAUGUACAUCAAGGAGGAUCUGAUCAUCCCCCACCACCACAGCUUCUACGACUUCAUUGUCACCAAGGCGCGGGGCAAGAGCGGGCCCCUCUUUAACUUCGACGUCCACGACGAUGUCCGGCUCCUGAGCGACGCCACCGUGGAGAAGGACGAGUCGCACGCCGGGAAGGUGGUGCUGCGGAGCUGGUACGAGAAGAACAAACACAUCUUCCCCGCGAGCCGGUGGGAGCCCUACGACCCCGAGAAGAGGUGGGACAAGUACACGAUCCGAUGAGCCCCCCAGAGCCCCGACAAGGGGGGGCUGGGCCCCUCCCCCCAUCUCCUGCCCGCCAAGUGUGGGGCUGGGGGGGGGAGGGGCGUCCCUCCCCCCACCCUUCUUUUCAAUGUGGGAAUAAACCCCCCGAGUUUCACCCCAAA